GACCUGUGCGUGAGGUUGGCAACUCGCUGUACGCGUAUGCGAUAGAAAAUCCGAUAGAAAACCCAAAGGAAAAAAGGUGAAGUGAGGUUAUGCGGCGCAAGGGAACGCAGUGCGCGCGGCAUAACCUCGUCGGUCGUGGCGCGAGAAGUGGAAGAGGGUGAGGCAACAAGAGGGGACCAUCUAACGCGACGACACGGGCGUGAGAUCCCAUUAGAACGAUAGAAUGCUGAGUAGCUUCGGGACGAUCGAGCGGCCGGGGAGGCCGACGUACCGACGUUCGCAAUCGGCCGCGUCGCGAUGCCGUGAUCGCAGCGUUUGACAUUAGGACUCGUUGCGUCAGCUGGUCUCGUCGGCCACUCAACGAGGCCGUCGACGUACGUACGGACGGACGGACGGACGAACGAACGAGCGAAGGAGCGAACGAAGGAGUCGACGCGCGACCGACAGGCCUGCGAUGACGAUGGCGUUGGGAAGCUUCCGGUGGCGUGUCGCGAUCAUCCUUAUCACCGCGAUACUGCUCUGGGAAGCAUCGAGGAUAUGGAACGCCGCCACUGUCAUGCAAGGGAUCGAGGCGUCGGAGGAAACAGCGGCGCCGUCGGGCCUGAAGGAUGACUCGGCUCAGCAGAGGGUGCACAUAGCCGUGUAUUACGAGGCGUUAUGCCCGGACUCGCGCAGCUUCGUCGUGAAGCAGCUAAUGCCGACGUAUCGCAAACUGUCGGCGAAUCUGGACGUCGAGAUGGUGCCGUACGGCAAGGCGAAGACCAUAAAGACAAAUGACGGAUACGAGUACGAGUGUCAGCACGGGCCGAUCGAAUGUCAAGCGAACAUCAUACAUGCGUGCACCAUUGACGCCAUUAGAGAGCCGUCGAAACGCUUAGACUUUCUCGCCUGCAUGAUUGAGAAUAACAUUAAUCCGGUAGAGAUAAUGAAUACGUGCGCCGCGAGGCUGAACGCGUCCGUGGAAGCGGAGUCCAUCAGGAAGUGCUCGGACACCAGCACGGGCAAGGAACUGUUGGCCAAGUACGGGCAGAUGACGAAGUCGCUCGUGCCGGCAGUGUCUUUCAUACCGACGAUCACUCUCGACGGGAGUUCCGACAACCAGGUGAAAAUAUUGAAAAAUAUGCUGAAGGACGUGUGCCUGCACUUCAAAGUCGUACCGAAAGAGUGCGUGUCGUGAGAAGAUGCGACGACGGGCCGCCGGUGCAAACAUAUCCUCGUAAUCAUCGAAUUUUGUUGCAUCGUAUCGUGUUACGUGAUAUCACAUUUUGAUAUCGUGUUACAUGACAGAAUUUAAAGAGAGAGAGAGAGAGGGGGGGGAGGAAGGGAGGGAGGGA